AUGCCAUUCGACUUCAAAGCAUACGACCAGAAAUGUCAGGGCCUUACAAUGGAGGAGUUGCAGAGAGAAUGGGAGCACUAUACACGAUUGAUCUCUGGCGCUGCCACCUCUACUGCAGUUUCCGGCUGCGCGAUUCCAUUGACCCUUGGGGUUUCUACUAUCGGUGUUGCAAUGGCAGCACCAGCUAUUCACAAUGCUCGCAAAAAGAGAGAGAUUAUCGAAAGACACCUCAAUCGUCUUAAUGCAACGCACCAUACCCGGAAGCGAGAUGUUCUAGGCAGCAUGGCUGUUAGUGGAACCAUCGGCGUGGUAACACUUGGUGUUGGCAGUAUGGGUGCUGAUGCCAUCGCAACAGCUGGCGCAGAGCAUGGGAUUCAGUCUAUUGUCGCCAACGAAACAGCGAUUAAAAUUGUUUCUCAUGCGGCUUUCGAUGGAGCUGGAAUGGCAGUUGAACACGCUCAUACGGGCCAUUUGAAGAAGAAAGAUGCGAGAAAGGCAUUCCAGAAGGCUGGUGUGUUUCAGGCUGUACAAGAUGCCAAAGCUGCUGAGGCUGGGUAUUCCAUUCAACCUUACCAGAGCAAUGGACAAUAUCCUGUUUAUGCAGCAGCUGGUCCGUCGCAAGCAUUGUCUCUGCCUCCUCCACCAUAUAGCGCCGCUGUCGGCCAACCAUCCCCUCACCCUGCAUACACUCCAAGCCCGAACGGUUAUCCUUCAGACUUCAAUAAUCCCAUGUUGUCUCAACCAACUUCCAAUCAGAAUGUAUAUCUAGUACCGAACACAGCUGGACAGCAGCCUUUGAAGCAGCCUUACGACUACUCACAGCAACAAUAUAUCGCAACAUCCAGCGUACCAUCGCCCAUGCCUCCAGUUGAUGGUCAAAUACUGUCACCACCUCCCCAGCAGCAUAUCCCAUAUCGAAAACAGGCAGAACAUAUCCCUUACGUCCCAGUUUCCACACCUCAACCAUUUGACUUGUCGGCAAUGCAGCAGGCUCUCCCUAUGACUCCUGCCCCUCCUACACCCUAUGUGACACCACUUCAACAUUGUCCUAACUCAUCAGCACCACAAAACAGCUCCCAGAACUAUCAAGUGCAGUCUCCCCAACAGCAAUACUCACCCCAAAUUGCUGGGGCGCAACAAGCUGGAUACUUCCCGCCACCACCAACUACUAUGUCCGGGUACCCUCCAGAAAUAUCAAUUUCCCAUCAGUCAACACCACAUGCAGUUCCUGCAUCUCAGGCGCCACCACCGAUCCAGCUACAUAGUGCGCUUCAAAGCACCGUGCAGCAGGUCCUGCAAUAUCAAUCAGCAGCACCGGCGUACCCGCUGCAGAAUCAGGGACAAUCAGGUUACCCGACGCCUCACCAAAACAAUACGUAUCAUCAACCUCAAACUCCGCCAACCGUUGACCUUAACAGGAGGGAAUCACUUCUAAGCAUCCAAGCGCCUUGCACUCCACAACCGUACAAUCCACAGAACUAUGGGCCAAUCAGUCAACAUGAGAAGGCAAACAGUACCCCUGUUCCAUCUAUCAGUAAUGCAUAUGUCCCGGCUCCGCAACCCAACCCUGCCUCGAUGUCUUAUCAAAUGCCACCAACUCCUCUUCCCACAGGUUCAAAUGUGUCACAGUAUCAGUACGAUAAUAAAGGCUCUUACUUUCCAACUCAACCUCAGAUGCCUGAAGGAACUGGUUACUAA